AUGCAAAAGUUACCUCUUUUCAUUCUAAUUUUAUUUUUGCCCAUAUUCCUUACAACCAAGCCAACUGAUUUUUCCGUCCGAAUCACUGGACGAUUGAUUUGCCACGAAGAACCAUAUGCUAACCAUAUCUACAUACCAUUUGACGUGUUCUAUGAAAAUGUAUUGUUUCAUGGAAAUUAUUCCACGAGAUGGACUGAUAAGGAUGGAAAUUUCGAUUACUCAUGUUAUGUGAAGAACGUUGAAAGAUAUAUAAUCACCCCCUAUAUUGUGAUUUUUCAUAGAUGCUGGGAGCGGAAGGUGGUACCACAUAGAUGUGAUCGCAUGAUCGUAUGGCCAAUUCCACCAAUGAAUCUCACAUUCAACAGUAUUAUUCCUGAUGAUAAACGGACUUUCCACAUAGGAUUAUUGGAGUUGAGAUAUAAACAUCAAAGGGAGGUCGUAAAGAAGUGUGGUUUACCAGGAUAA